AUAAAACCCCAUUUCAACAAAAAAAUGCAGCUGCUUUACCCUUUGUUCCAUCAGAAACUAGUCUAGUUGGAUUCACGCUGAACUCAAACCAAACGCUGGCCGGAAAACGAGAACCUCGCCGGAAAAUACAUGCGAAGUUGGUCUUCGUCCGCCGUAAACAAGAAAAAUAGAGUAGCAUCAAUCUGAAUGGGUUAUAUUCAGUAUGGUAGACACAGUUUUACGAAGAUAUUAAGAUCUGCAAGUGCAACCAAUGUGUUUCGGAACUCCGUAAGAUCACCUUUAGGGUAUGCAGCCACUACAUUACCUUCAUGUUCCCAUUUUCAUGGCAAGAGUCUCUAUUCCACUGCUUCUGAUGCCAGAGUAGUGAUGGAACUUCUUAAGGAGGUGGAGAAGGAUAGGUUGAGAGAGAAGAAUGAGAGAUUAAGGGCUGGUUUAGACACUGCCGACAUUGAUGCCGAGACUGAGGAUGGUUAUGAUUACAUGGGUGUAAGUUCUCUCAUUGAGAAGCUUGAAAAGGAGAAGCUUAAGGAAACCUCGGAAUUGAACCGAUAUGAAGAGCCGACUGAUUCUGAUAGUGAUGAUGAGGAAGAUCUGGAUGCUAAUCAGAAGAAGGUUGAUGAUUUCGAAAGGAAGUUCAGGAGGCAUGAAGAAAUGAUUCAGAAUUUCACCGAAGCGGAUACGCUUGACGAUGCUUAUAAAUGGAUGCAAAAAAUUGAUAAGUUUGAGGACAAGCAUUUUAAGCUUCGGACUGAGUAUAGGGUUAUUGGUGAACUCAUGAAUCGGCUUAAAGUGGUUACGGAGCAAAAGGAUAGGUUUAUUCUGCAGCAUAAGCUUAAUAGGGCUUUGAGAUUGGUGCAAUGGAAGGAAGCUUAUGAUCCUGAUAACCCUGCCAAUUACGGUCUCAUUCAACAAGAACAGGGGGGGGCCAAUAUGGAUACCUUGGAACAAUCUGGAUUUGAAAAGGAGGAUAAACCCGCUCAAGGAGACGAAGAUGCUGCUGACAACGAUGAUGAGGUAGAGUUUGAUGACAUGAAAGAAAAAGACAACAUAUUAUUGGCCAAACUUGAUGUUAUUGACAAGAGACUUGAGGAGAAGCUAGCUGAACUUGAGUAUACGUUUGGAAGGAAGGGUAAGGCUCUAGAGGAAGAAAUCAAAGAUCUUGCAGAGGAGAGAAAUGAGUUAACUGAGAAGAAAAGAAGACCACUUUUCCGGAAGGGUUUUGAUGUAAAAUUGAUAGAUGUGAACCGAACUUGUAAAGUCACAAAGGGAGGACAAAUUUUUAAGUAUACUGCUAUGUUAGCAUGUGGCAACUAUAAUGGUGUUGUUGGUUUUGCAAAAGCCAAAGGCCCUAAAGCUCCAGAUGCUCUCAGUAAGGCAUAUGAGAAGUGCUUUCAGAAUUUACAUUAUAUAGAGCGACACGAGGAGCACACAAUUGCGCAUGCAAUACAAACAUCUUAUAAAAAGACAAAGGUGUAUCUCUGGCCUGCUUCCACUGCAACUGGCAUGAAGGCCGGCAGAAUAGUCCAAACCAUACUACAUUUAGCUGGUUUUAAGAAUGUCAAGUCGAAGGUUGUUGGUCAAAGAAAUCCUCAUAAUACAGUUAAGGCUGUCUUCAAAGCGCUUAAUGCGAUUGAAACACCAAAGGAUGUCCAAGAGAAGUUUGGCCGAACUGUGGUCGAGAAGUAUUUGUUGUGAUGGACAUGAGGAUGUGCUAAGUUUAGUGCUUCUGGUUGUUUUCCAUUGAAUAUUUUUUUGUUUUUGUCCUUUUCAUGUCUAUUUGCCAAGAAGAAUUGGUACAGUUUGUCUAAUGCAUUUACUUGUGAACAUUAGGUAUGGAAUUUUGCUAGUACCGAACUUAUCAUUCAUAUAUGCAAAAGGAACAAUAAUUUAGGAACGUUCCCUUUGCUUCAUGUUUGAUCAAUAAGGGUCCAUUUAGGUAAAUUGAGGGGGUGGAAGUGAUUUUAAAAUAGUGUUUGGUUUGA